AUGCAAUCUCUGCCUAACAGUAACGGUGCCGCCGCCGGACGGGACUCUAAGAUGAAGUUAUGGGAUGUCGUGGCUGUCUGCCUGGUGCUGCUCCACACCGUGUCCGCCUUCCCGCUGCCCGCCGGUAAGAUGCCUCCCGAGGCUUCCGCCGAAGACCGCUCCCUCGGCCGCCGCCGCGCGCCCUUGGCGCUGAGCAGUGACUCAAAUAUGCCAGAGGAUUAUCCUGAUCAGUUUGACGAUGUCAUGGAUUUUAUUCAAGCCACCAUUAAAAGACUGAAAAGGUCGCCAGAUAAACAAAUGGCGGUGCUCCCUAGAAGAGAGCGGAAUCGACAGUCUGCAGCUGCCAACCCGGAGAAUUCCAGAGGGAAAGGUCGGAGAGGCCAGAGAGGCAAGAAUCGGGGUUGUGUCUUAACUGCGAUACAUUUAAAUGUCACUGACUUGGGCUUGGGCUAUGAAACCAAGGAGGAACUGAUUUUUAGGUACUGCAGCGGCUCCUGCGAUGCAGCUGAGACAAUGUAUGACAAAAUAUUAAAAAACUUAUCCAAAAAUAGAAGACUGGUGAGUGACAAAGUAGGGCAGGCAUGUUGCAGACCCAUCGCCUUCGAUGAUGACCUGUCGUUUUUAGAUGAUAACCUGGUUUACCAUAUUCUAAGAAAGCAUUCCGCUAAAAGGUGUGGAUGUAUCUGACUCCGGCUCCAGAGACUGCUGUGUAUUGCAUUCCUGCUACAGUGCAAAGAAAGGGACCAAGGUUCCCAGGAAAUGUUUGCCCAGAAUGGAAGAUGAGGACCAAGGAGGCGGAGGAAGAGGAGAAGAGAAAGGCAGCCGUCAUGGGAGCCUGGUAGAGGGAGAUCCAGCUACAGAAAACUGGACAGGAGAGAGAGCAGAUGGCCAUCCGGUCUCUCCAGGGCGGCAGCCGAUCCCAUCAGGAGCUCAGGGCUGGUGUCCCUGGUUGGGUGUCGCCAUCCUUUCAUCCGAUACAGUCCACCGUCACCGGUCACUGGUGCAGUUGCGGAUGCACAUGAAGAACCAAAGCAGUGUGUCUCCUGAGGUUUGUUUUCCACGUGUUUGAAGACACUGGAGAAACAGCAAGGUGGUGCGAGCCCACUUGUCAUUGCGUUUUACUGCUGAAAGCAAGAAAGGUUUAUUUUUCUGUCCCUCAGUUGAGACAUACCCCGAAAAGAAGAAAUACUAAAAAAAAAAAAAAAAAAAUUAAACCAAAAAAAAGAAAGGAAAGACAGAGGCGCUAAUAACCUUUGAAUUUGAAAGCUGAGGCCUGAGGUUUACCACAAUCAGCGUUUUUGUGAACGGUUGAUGACUGCUUUUGAACAUGGUGUGUGAGGUGGGGAGAAGUUGGAUAGGAACCAAAAAGGCUGUCCUCAUGACUGAAAACAAACCUGAAGGUAUUUCCUUUAGCCCCUUGGAAACAGGAAGCCAGUUGCGGUUUUCAGAGGCAUUCUUGUAGGAGAGUGAGCGGGAAGGACCCCAGCUGCACCAGGGCAGGGAGACGUGCCGGGUGCCAGGCGGUUCACAGAGAGACACAUUACCCACUCCCCAGCUCUGUUUAUGCGUGGUCACCAGUGACCAGAGAAGCUACUUGAUGCAAUGCAUCUGUUUCAGAUACAGAAAUAUAGAGAAGAUAUUUAUUGAUAUUUAAGUUAUUGUUAUUUAUUACCAUUCACUAAUGAGUUUCUCUUUUCUCCCUUAUUUAUUAAAAUUUCUCUUCAAAGGUGCCGAAGUACAUGU